GUUUGUUCCGGUGAAAAGUGGAUUUUGCUGCUCCAAGGCGGACGGUUUUAGGAUAGAUUUUUAUCAUGUUUUAAUCAACAAAUGUACAUAUUUUAGGACUUUGGGAUUUUGGGGGAAUAGUACAAUGAAACCCGUGUGUUAUUCCUCGGAGAACUCGGCGCUGUGAUGCGUCCUGAAGCUGCCCAGCUCACCAUCGACUGAAGAAACAAUGCAGGCCUAGCUAGCAGCUAACGUUAGCCAGCCGAGGCUUAUCGGGUAACGCUGGUCCAGCAGCCUGCCGUGGGAUUUAAACCUCGGACGAAGCCGUGUUUUGAAGCUGUAAUAACGUCAUAUGCGCUAUGAGUUCUCAGCUGCAGGUCUUCUCUCCCCCCUCAAUCUCCUCCAGUGCCUUUUGUCGUGUCAAGAAGCUCAAGGUGGAGAGCAAUGUUUGGGAUGUGUCCACCACGGAAGCUUACGGCUCCAUAGCAGGCCAGUCAGCAUACACGUUUACCCCUGCCAUGGCUGUGCCGCCCUUUGCACCGUCCCUGGUCUUCCCUCCUACAGCACCUGGCUCCAGGGGUCAAGUGGUGGUGCGGGCAGCUGACAGCACUGGCAGUCUUCCCCGUGGAUCCAGUCGACGUGUCACUGAGCAGGCGACAUCCUCCUCUUACGCACAUGAGACGUCCUCUGAAACAAGGGGGCACAGGCAUGGGCAGAAGCGAAAGAUCGAGGAGGCCAGUGAAGGCAGUGGGAGUGGAUGUGGCAGUGUCCAAAUAUUAGAGGAGCUCUCAGCUCCUGCAGCAACUUACUCCACCCGUACGGGAGGCGGUGGAGGAGGGGGCACAGGCCAGUCCAUACCUCACUCAGCUCCAACCACCAAGAGCAGCAGUUCCAAUGGUGAAGGGGAUUAUCAGCUUGUGCAGCAUGAGAUCCUCUGCUCGGUGUCCUGCAGCUAUGAGGUGCUGGAGUUCUUGGGAAGAGGCACGUUUGGACAAGUGGCAAAGUGCUGGAAGAGGGGCACCAAUGAGAUCGUAGCAAUCAAGAUUCUGAAAAACCAUCCUUCAUAUGCUCGUCAGGGCCAAAUUGAGGUGGGAAUCCUGAACCGACUGAGUGCAGAGAAUGCAGAUGAGUACAAUUUUGUGCGUUCGUACGAAUGCUUCCAACACAAGGGUCAUACCUGCUUGGUUUUUGAGAUGCUGGAGCAGAAUCUGUAUGACUUUCUCAAGCACAGCAAGUUCAGCCCGCUUCCACUACGGCACAUCAGACCCAUCCUGCAGCAGGUGGCUACAGCACUGAUGAAACUGAAGAGCCUGGGCUUGAUUCACGCUGAUCUGAAGCCUGAAAACAUCAUGCUGGUUGACCCUCUCAGACAGCCCUACCGGGUGAAGGUCAUUGACUUCGGCUCAGCAAGUCAUGUAUCCAAAGCAGUGUGCUCAACCUACUUACAGUCUCGCUACUACAGGGCUCCGGAAAUCAUUUUGGGCCUGCCAUUCUGUGAAGCUAUCGACAUGUGGUCUUUAGGCUGUGUGAUUGCCGAGCUGUUUCUGGGUUGGCCUCUCUAUCCUGGCGCCUCUGAGUAUGACCAGAUCCGUUACAUUUCUCAGACUCAAGGCCUACCAGCUGAGUACCUACUGAGCGCCGGCACCAAGACCAGCCGCUUCUUCAAUCGAGGCCCUGACUCCAGCUACCCACUCUGGAGGCUUAAGACCCCAGCAGAGCAUGAAAUAGAGAUGGGCAUCAAAUCCAAGGAGGCCAGGAAGUACAUCUUCAACUGUUUGGACGACAUGAUGCAGGUCAACCUGUCAUCGCACUUAGAGGGAACGGACAUGCUGGCUGAGAAGGCUGAUAGACGAGAGUUUAUAGACCUCUUAAAGCGAAUGCUUCGUCUGGAUGCGGACAAAAGGAUCACACCUACAAAAACUCUGGGGCAUCCCUUUGUCACAAUGAGUCACCUUAUAGAAUAUCCCCACAGCUCCCAUGUGAAGUCGUGCUUCCAGAACAUGGAAAUCUGCAAACGCCGGAGCUCUUAUGACAGUGGGAAAUCCCUGUACUCCACCAAUGCAGUCCCCAGCGCUGCAGCAGGAAACCUCACAGUUACCUUUAGUAGCCAACUCAACCAGCAUAACCAGGUGCCUUCUGCAGGGGGUGCGGUGCCUUUGCUGAACUACCAGCCAGCUCUGUACCAGCAGGCGACCAUCAACAUUCCUGGACUGGCUCAACAGAGUGUCCCAAUUCCAACGCGUACUGCUGGGCUGUGUAGCCAGACCGAACCCUUCCAGCAGACCCUCAUCGUCUGUCCACCCUCCACUAUUCAAGGGCUACAGCCAACCAGUAAGAGUUCCAGCUUCCCUGUGAGGGUGGAGAACUCUGUACCCAUAGUACCUCAGAACCAGUCUGCUCAGUCGUUGCAGAUCCAGCCAAGUAUGCUCACACAGGGUUCCUGCACACCCCUGAUGGUGGCCACCCUGCACCCACCCUCAGCAGGCAUAGCCUCCCAGUAUUCUCUGCCCCUUGGGCUGGGCACCGGGGUGGGUCGGCCCACCCUCCUGGAACACACAGCCACAGUGCUGCAGGCCUGGCCCACUGGUACCCAACAAAUCCUCAUACCAUCAUCGUGGCAGCAGGUCCCAGGUGUGGCCAUCCACAGCUCUGCUCACCAGUCGAAUGUCACUGAAUCACCCCUGGAAACGAGUCACUCAGAUGCUGCCGUGCAGCAGGGACACAGCUGGCGGAGUAUAACCCAAACCAGGACUCAGCAGGAGAGGAAGAAAGUGAAAGCCAGGCGUGGAGAGAAUAGAAACAGGGGUAUCUCUACUGCAUCAUUACUCAGCAGCAGUGACGUGACCCCACCCAGCUCCAGUGCCACGUUGUCCCAGCCAAUUGUCAUCUCUGACACGCCCAGCCCAGCAGUCAGCAUCAUCACUAUUCACAGUGACACCGACACAGAGGAUGAGCGCAAGUUCCAUCCUGCCAGUGUUGGGUUGAGCCAGCGCACCAACGUUAUCAGCUGUGUGACCGUGCACGACUCGGACUCCUCUACAGCCAGCCCCCUGACUCCCCUACCCCGCACACUUAACCCAGCUAGCAGCGUGUCAUCGCGCCAGGCCAAGUCUCUGGCAGUGGUGGCACCUUCAGUCAAAACACAGACAUCUGAGAGGGGAGCAGUCUCCCGUGGGCGCGUAGAGACUGUGAACUACAUGAAGCCUAAGCGGUCAUCUAAUCGACAGCCCUGCAGUUCAGGCGAGAGCAUGGAGCGCCAUGGACUGGUGCCAAGCCAGUCACACCCAUUAAACCUCAGCCAGGUUCAGCCGGUGGUUUCUUCAUCUCAGGAGCGCUCGGGGGCGUCUCACAACGACUCGUCCUUACGCCGCCAGCCGACGUUUCCUCCGGCCGUCUCAGCCUCUCACUACAGCUUCCCCGAGGUGUCUGCCCUGGCGUCAGGCUCCGCCGCCGCCCCCAGCCUGUACACCUACCCAGCCUCCACCGCCCUCUCCUCAGCUUCUCAGGCCAUGGAGCAGCUGCUGGGCCGUGGUCACAGCAGCCACGGACACUCUCCCUCCGCCUAUGCAGCAACGUACACCUCAUCCUCCUCAUCCAGGAGGGACUCGGCCAGUCGCAAGGAUUCUGUCAGUAGUCUGCUGCACGGCCUCCCUGCAGCCUACCAGCACCAGUUCGCCGCUGGUUCUCCAUAUGUUAGCGUGACACCCCGAGCCGAGGCCUACAGUGCCUACCAGCUAAGUCCCAGGCGCCUCGCACAGUACCCCUACUUGUAGGGAAUCACACACACACACACACACACACAGAGGAAAAAAAACAAACCCUACUUCCCCACAUACUAUCACAAAGGGACAUUUAAACUGUAGAAUAACUGUUUGUCACUUAUUUGUUUGCUGCUUUUAACCACAAAACAGCAUUUCACCUCUAGCUCAUUUAUAUGCUCUUUUGGACUGUUUUAAGUGUUUAUGAAAUGUUCUUUGGUAUUAUUUGUAACGUAUCCUUUUAUUUUCCCUUAAAAACCCUUGUCUAUGGCCCAUAUUUUAUCCCCCAUCGUAUGUACAAUUAAGGCAUUGUGGUAAAUGUAUUUUUCACCUGUUUAUCUUGAGCUUCUGUGAAGAGAGAGCAUCCUCCUGUCACAAGCUGCAACAACACUUUAGGUGAGCUUUUAGAUGCCUGACUUAUGAGGCUAGUAAAGCGGACAGCCCUUAGUUUUUUCACGAGCCUUAUUAGAAAGUUUUCACACUAAUCCACUGAAGCCCUGCAAUUUUGUUACGUGUAUGGAAGCGUACGCAUAAUGACAAUGAAAAGGAUUCUGAUUCUGUGUUUUUAGUAAACAUAACUGUACUUUACUCAUGUCUGUUUACUCUCAAAUAUGUCUUUUUACUAUGUUUAAAUUAUGUUAUGUCGGUGUGAGGUAGGAAGAGGAAGGUCCAUGAAGAUGUUGAAAAAGAGGUGUGAUGAAAACUGUGAUGGAUACAUGUUAAUUUAAGUGCACAUGUGAUAGUCUGUUAAUGUAGUGACAGUGUUUAGGCAGGAUUGAUCAUGUCCUUAUGCAAUAGAAACUUGUUUUUGUUUUGUUUUUUAACUACAUCAACUGAGUGCUGAAUGUAUUUAUGAAGUUCAGAGUGGGAUCACCAUCCUGAGGAAUAAUGUGGAAAAGCUUUCGUUUUAAAUUGUUUUCAGGAAAAAAAAAAGAAAAAUAACCUUUCCCUACUUUCUCUCCUUGAAAUAUGAGAAGUCCAGUUUCAUAUGGGCUGGAAAAAAUAUUCUAUAUACAUAUAUAUAUGUGAAUCCUGAUUGUGUAGGACCUGCUAUUAUGAAAAUAGAUUAAUGGCCAGUUUAGGUUUUUGUUUUUUGUUUCCCUCCCUUUGACACUUUAGAAACGCUCACUGGGAGGCUGUAACAAACUACCCACUGUGAUGCACAAGGACAGAUGGAUAUGAGUGUAUGCAAACUGUUGUCUUCUCAUCAAGUGUGUGAUGAGAAACCUCUUCAACUAUUCAGAGGUGGUGUUGUCCUUCAAACGCACACAGAUUAUUUCCUCCCAAAGCGCCGUUUCUCUCACACACAUGACUACAGUGUGGAGAACAACAGCCGCUGCGUUAGUCUGAAUUCAGGACGGACUUGCAGCUUUUCCUGCCGCCAUCUUUACUUUAAAGGAGGUGAAUCUUUGGAUGGUUUCUGUGGGUUAUGAAAGCUCUUUUUUUUUUUUUUUUAAUCCUUCCCUGUUGUGUUUGCAUCAGUUUUGUGUUGUAAUGUCUGAAUAUUUAACUGUAUUUCAUCUUAACAUAGUAUAGUUAAGAGGCUAUUUGGUAGAACUAAUUCAGGGAAAAAGGUUUCAGCUCAAAUAAUCCACUGUCACUGUUUCCAAUAAAAUAACCACAAAUCCAC